CGCACACGGGGCCGUGUCUGCCAGCGUCCAGGCAUCACGCUGCAAACUCCCUGGACGAUCCAACACCGGCUUGUCCGACAGUCCUGGGCGCGUCCGUGCACGGGGUGAUUGGGGGUGUCCGAAGCCUGGGCUGUCACGGCUGGAUCUGGGUCCUGGUUUCCAUUCAGUUCCCCUUAGAGGGGGUUCGUGAACACUGAACAGAUGCUACCGUGGUGCAGAGAAAGACAGCCUGAACCUUACGGCAGCACCAUGUCAUACCCGUGCGAUCCCCCUCCCUACAGUGACAAGAACCACCUCAUCCCGGUGCAGCCUGAGGACUACUCACAGCUGGGACCCUCCGCUGUGGGGUACCUGCAGCCUCGGGGGUACCCACAGCCGGGGGGUGAUCCUGGGGCCUCUGUGCAGCCUGCAGCCUGCGCUGGGGGCUACCUGGUGCCUGGAGGAUAUGCACCCUCAGUGGGCUAUCCCCAGCCAAUGGGCUCAGAGCACCCCAGGCCAGUGCUUCCCAUGCGCUCAGGGGACACCGCUCUCCCCACCGGGAACAGCUAUGUCGUCACCAGCUUCGGGGACGACGUCGUCAGGACUAUUGACUGGGACGACAAGCGAGUGCGACACGCCUUCAUCCGCAAGGUCUACACCAUCAUCUCAGUCCAGCUGUUGGUGACCGUGGGCAUCAUCGCCGUGUUCACCUUCGUCUCCCCCGUUCGCAACUUUGUGCGGCGGAACGUUGCUGUGUACUACUGCUCUUACGCUGUGUUUCUGGUCACCUACCUGGUGCUGGCAUGCUGCCAGGGCCCCAGGAGACACUUCCCGUGUAACGUCAUCCUGCUGAGUAUCUUUACGCUGGCCAUGGCCUUCAUGGCGGGAACCAUCGCCAGCAUGUAUGACACCACGGCUGUCCUGAUCGCCAUGGUGAUCACUGCCAAAGUGGCCAUAAUUGUCACCAUCUUCUGCUUCCAGACCAAGGUGGAUUUCACAUCGUGUACCGGGCUGUUCUGUGUGCUGGGGAUCGUUGUCCUUCUGACAUCGAUAGUCACUGCCAUCGUCCUCUACUACAAAUAUAUUCAGUUGGUCCACAUGGUGUUUGCGGCCGUGGUUGCGAUCGUCUUCACCCUGUUCCUAGCCUACGACACCCAGCUGCUGGUAGGGAACAAGCAGUACGCCCUCAGCCCCGAGGAGUACGUCUUCGGCGCCCUGGAGAUCUACGUGGACAUCGUCUACAUCUUCUUGUUCCUGCUGCGGUUCCUGGGCUGGAAAUAGAGCCUCCAGCCGGGCUCCUGGCUGGCAUGGCCCGGGGCCGAGGAGCGCUCUGGGAACACCUUGCUUCCUUCCUGCUUCUGUUCCUUUCUCCCUCCUUGCCCCGGCGUGCGUCUCCCAGCCGAUGCCCUCUUGUUUCCCUCCUUCCCCGGAGACCCCAGCGUGGGAUUCCCACAGUCUGCACCUAGAGGGGUCGCGGGCGAGACUGUGCCCUGGAGAAGCCCAAUAACGAGGCUUUGCCCAGCGAUGAAGCCAGCGCUGGCAGAUUUCUGCCUGCCCCGUUAACGGCUCCACUGCCCUCUGGGCUUGCACGCGGCCUCCGUCUGUCUUCGCUCCCCGCUGGGCCCCCAGGGAUGUGUCAAUGCACCGAGUUCAUCCCCGUAGCAGCCCUCGGUACUCGGUGCCGGGCGAGGCACCUGCCCCCAGACCCACAAACACGGCCCCUCUGCCAGCACUAGCUGCUAAGACCAGGGGGCACCUCGUAUUCCCCAGAAAUAGCUGAGAGCGGGCAUUUCUGGACAUCGCGCUUCACAUGUUGAGCAGUGAGACAGAUCCUCCACCCUAAGGAGAAGUGAAUUCACUUCUCUUGUGGUAGAGAGCAGGCAGGUGGAGGCUUCUGUCUCUCACCUUAACGUAAGCCUGACCUAUCCCGCCCCGGGCCUGGCGAGCGGUGUUACUCCGAAAUAACUUGCUGGAUGGUUUGAGUUACCUGGAGCUGCCUGAGGUGAAGCUUGAGACCUGUCAGCCCCAGCUGCUGUUCGGACCCAGGUGAGAUGCCCCAGGGGAGGGGAAAGGUAGGCAGAGGGGCAGUGUCUUCAUCAAACCCAAACCCACUCAAAGGAGAGUAGAAAGACGGGCUCGGGCCUUGCUCCGAUCCAGACCCCAGUGUGCAAGUUCCUUCUGGCCUGCAGAGCGUCCUCCAGUGGGGAGGAGCAGGGGGGGCUGCGAUUAUUGCAUGGAUCUGAUUUUUAAAGGGCGGGAGGGGAAAUUUUUUAUACGUGGCCUAGACAUCACUGUUUGCCCAGCACAGUUUUUACCCUGUGUCUGAGAGUGGGU